CGUGAGCUCAAGUGGCGCUGUGGGCACUGCAACUGCGCCCGCAACCUCGACUCCAUGGUCUACUGCAAGCACUGCGGGGAGCGGCGCACGGAGGCGCCCAGUCAAGGAGCUGAUGCGGCCCUGGGCGGCGGCCCGCGCAGGCGACCCUCGGCUCCUCUUCGUGGUGCCCUUCCUGCUGGCAAUGGUGCUGAUACAGCUGUCGAUCACAACUUCACGGUGGACGAACUCGACCAGCUGGUGCGCCUGGCCGAGAAAGCAGGAGAUGCCCAUGCCGUCGGUCGCUACAAGCAGCAGCUCCAGUCCAAGAGAGCUGGUGAUCCGCCCCCGCAGCAGCGCAUCACAGACAUCGGCGCCAAGCAGUACCAGUCCUGGGUGGCCACGCAGCUGGCGACAGUCGCCGAGCUCACGGGCCGCCUCUCUGCUGCCGACGCCAAGUACAAGGAAGCUGCCACCUCCCUCUCUGGUGUCCAGGCUCAGAGUCGUGCAGGUUCCCAGCCCCCACCGGCUAAGUUGUCAAUCGAAGAAGUGGUGAAUGGCACAGGUGACAUUCUCAACCUUAUUGACGUCGACUCGCAUUUCAAUGUGGAUGGAUAUGAAGUUCCUGAUGAGGACCGCAAGAGUAUCACUGAACGGCGUGAUCAACUGUAUGACCAGCUCCAGACUGCCGCCAAGGGCCUCUUCUCGGAGGCCGUGGCCAAGAUGGAGUCCAUCAAGGCAGAUCACGCGGCCCACCUCGCCCGCCUCUCCAAGAAGAGGAAAG